CUUGCUCUCAGCAUUCAUCACAUCUCAUACUAUUAAGCUCACGCAAAAUGGCAGGCACUAAACUGGCAGCCCUAGGUUUCAUUGUCCUCUUGAGUAUGGGGUUAGCUAAUGCGACAAGGGUGGCUAGGUACUCUAGUGCAGGAGGAACUGGUACGGGCGAGGGUGGUGGUGGUGGAUAUGUGAGUGGCGCUGGCUCUGGGUCCGGUAGUGGUGCUGGGGCCGGUGAGAGUAGUUCUAGUGGAGUGUCCGCAACUGCAGGAGGUGGAGGCGGAGGUGGCGGUAUUAGCAACAAUGGCGGCUUUGGGUCUGGUGGUGGAUCUGGCUCAGGUUCAGGCUCUAGCCAGUACACUGAAGGCUCAUACUAUGGGUAUGGUGGGUAUUCUAACGCUGGUGGUAAUGGAGGUGGUGGUGGCGGAGGACAAGCGGGAGGUUACCCUGGGUCUAGCGGUCAAGGUGGUGGCAGUGGAACCGGCUCUGGCUCUAGCGAAGCUGGAACAUACUGGUAUGGACCAAGUUACGCAAAUGCAAAUGCCAAUGGCAACGGUGAAGGAAAAGGCACUACUCAGAAUGGUGGCAGUGGCGGUGGUCAAGGUGGUGGAACUGGCUAUGGUAAUGCAAACCCUUAGAAGUUCCACCUUCGAAAAGAUGGAGCCCAACCUAUGUUUUUUUUUCAAAUGUUGUUGCAUUAGAAUUUUCCUUGCUUUCUUUUAUUUGUAUCGCAAUGUGUGUGCUAGGUUGUGUUUAAUCAAGCAAUAAAGGGCUCCGUCAUUGUUCAAGUGAACACAAAAA